CUCGUUAGGAUACGAACGUGAGCGCUGCUUGCCCUGCCCAGACAGCUGGGCGCCGGAACCCCAGUGGCCGGCUCGAGCGAGGCGCUAAGAGGAUGGCCAGCGGCCCGAGACUUAUUUUAAAUCGGGCAUCUCCAAGAACACCCAUUUCUGGGGUCCUCCCUGGGAAGCGGCUCACAAAGCGAAGGCCGGCGGCGGCGCGCUGGCGUGCUUUCCUGAGCUCCCUCCGGGACCUGGGAGCCUGUGCGCCGUGCGCCGCCCGGCGGCGCUAUUCUUUUGCACGGAUUUCUGUGUUCUGCAUCACGGAGGCACACGCCAGUUUAGAUGUGCCUGCUUUCCAGGAAUUCGGACACUGAUUGAUACUGGAGGCCCACACUGCCCAGGGCAGAAUGAACUGCUCUGUUUCUGGGCAGCGUGGCUAGGCAGGCCUGUGGUGACCCUUUCCCGUGUCCGAGGACGUCAGCCUGCGCCUCCUCGAAGCCCCAUUUUCGCUUUCCCUAGUUCUGCAAGGGAGCAUAGAGGAACCACAGGCUUUCUUGCACCGGGGACUGCUGUCAUUUCAGUACAUUUUGGAGGCAGAGAUGCCUAGGAAAAGGCCCCUAAAUGCAAUGGUCACCCCGAGUGCCAAAAGGGAACGGAAGGCAAUUACGCUCGACAUAAAAUUAGAAGUGUUAAGACGAUUUGAAGUGGGUGAAAAGCUCAGCCAAAUUGCAAAGACCUUAGGCCUCGCUGUCUCCACAGUGGCAACGAUCCGAGAUAAUAAAGAGAAAAUCAAAGCGAGUUCACAAAUAGCUACUCCCUUGAGAGCCUCUCGAUUGACUCGCCACCGAAGUGCAAUCAUGGAGACCAUGGAGCGCCUAUUGCGUGUGUGGCUUGAAGACCAGAGCCAGCGAAACGUGCCCGUGAGUGUCGCAGUUAUUCAGGAGAAGGCUAAGAGUUUGUUUGAUGACUUGCAGCGUGAACAGGGUGAAAGCUCUCAAACAGAGAAGUUUAGUGCAAGUAAAGGGUGGUUUGUGAGAUUCAAGGAGCGCCAUUGUUUGCCUCACUUCAAGACGAACCUCACAGCCGCUGGCAACAAGGAUAUCUAUCCAGAAAUACUGAAAAGCAUUAUCCAAGAAGGUGAGUACACCCCCCAGCAAGUUUUUAAUGUAGAUGAGACAGGUCUGUAUUGGAAAAGAAUGCCUGAAGGAACGUUCCUUUCAGUAGAAGAGAAAGCUGAGCCAGGCUUUAAGUCAUGCAGAGAACGCCUGAUGCUGCUGCUCGGUGGCAACGCAGCUGGGGACUUCAAGUUGAAGCCCUUACUGGUGUACCACUCAGAAAACCCCAAGGCUCUGAAGGGGUACUCCAAGCCCAAUCUGCCAGUAAUUUGGCGGUCAAACAAAAAGGCCUGGGCAACCAGGAGCAUCUUUCAUGAAUGGUUUACGUACUUUUUUUGCCCUGCAGUUGAAAAAUACUGUGCCCAAAAUAAUCUCACUAACAAAGCACUGCUCAUCUUAGACAGUGCACCGUGCCACCCAGUAAAUUUGAGCGAUCUGUCUGAUAACGUGAGAGUGGAAUAUCUUCAUGACAGUACAGCUGACCUGAUCCAGCCCAUGGGUCAAGGUGUAGCCUCUGCCUUCAAAGCUCAUUACCUGAGAAGGACUUUUGAGCACAUCCUAGAAGCCACAGAUGGGGAGGAUACAGCUAUAAUCAGGGAGUUUUGGAGAAACUACAACAUCAUGGAUGCUGUGGACAACAUUGCAGUAGCUUGGGAGGAGCUCAGACCGGCAACAAUGAAUAGCGUGUGGAAGAAGAUUUGGCCAGAGUGUGUUCAGUUCCAGAGUGUUUCCCAAACAGACAACAUUGCACAACUUCGACAAAAUAUUGUGACCCUUGCCCAGAAUGUGGCUCUUGGAGAGGUGCUGGGAGCUGCGGUGGACCAGCUGCUGUGCUCCCAUGAGGAAGAUCUCUCGAAUGAGGAGCUGAUGCAGCUGGAACAGCAGCCGGCAAGAGAGGAGGACAGUGACGAUGCUGCCCCUGUCCUGCGUCAGCUGACCACCACAGAGCUGUCGGCCGCCUUGUCACAUUUCGAGGCGGGCCUGCAGGUCCUCACCAGUGGAAGCCCCGGUGAUGAGUGGACGCUGCAAGUUUCAAGAGCAGUCAGUGAUGCAAUCACCUGCUACAGGGAGCUGCACAGUGAGAAAGAGCGGCGCUCAAAGCAGCAGCUGUCCUAGUCUGUCUUCAGGGCCUGUGACCUCGGUGGGUGAGGCCAGCCACGCCUCCGCUCCCAGAUCUGUAACAUCCCUGGAAACCCUGUUUCUGGUAUUUUCAUUUUGACACUUGAGAGCAUCAACUUUUGUCAUAAAAAUUUUACUUAAAUAUGUGCUCGAAAAAGGUUGCAUAAAAGAAUACCGAGGAAAAGUUAUUUAAAGCAAACUAUGAGGAGACUAGCCCUGCUGGACAUUAAAACACACCAUGAAGCGUCUGUGAUUAAGUCUGUGUAGUAUUUCGAUCUGUAGAGUAAAACAGCAAGUCCAGAGAUAGAUACAGAUAGGCUUUUUUUUUAAUAGUGCAGGAUAACUGGUUAAAAUUUGGAAACAGUUAAUUCAUAUCUCACAGCACACACAAGAAUAAAGAAACAGAUGAGGGGUCUGAAUGUAAAAACUGACACCCAACAAGUACUGCAGAACACACACACGAAUGCCUGUCCUGUUUGACACAGGUGUGGAGGAAGACUUUCUAUGACUCAAAAUCCAGAUGAAAUUUUAAAAGAUGAAUCAAUUUGACCAUAUGAAAAUAUAACAGAACAAAACAUUUCCAUGAGAAUAAGAUACUACAAACAAGGCAACUGACACCAGGAAGAAAAUAUCUCACAGGCAAUGGGCUAAUAUCGCUGAUACAUGAAGAAUUCUUAAAGACUGAAAGGAAAAUAAAUACCAAAAAUCUAAUAGAAAAGUGGAGUGAAGAUGUAAUUCAUAAAUAAGUUAGAUCUCGAAGCCUAAGUUUGACCUCAGUCAGUCAGAGAAAUGCAAAUUAAAGCUACACAGAUACCACUUUUCAUUAAUCAAAUAAUCAAAGAGUAUGAAUACACAUACUGCUGGUGGGGUAUCAGGUACCCUCAUUCAUUACUGGUGGGAAAGCAAAUUGGUACAUCUCUUAUGGACGUGCAUCAAACACUAAUAAAAAAUGGAUUUUGUAGGAUUUAGCAAUCCCGAUUUUAGGAUUUUCCCUGAUGAUACACCUCCAACAAAAGAAAAUAUAUAAGCACAGAUUAUUUGUUGCAGCCUCGUUUGUGACUGCAAAAGACAGCCUGCUAGUCUCAUGCAGUAGUCAAACGUGAAACGGCAGCUCCACACAAUGGAAUAUAAUGCAGACAUAAAUGAUGAUGACUGCGGUAAUGACAGAAUAAGAAAGAACUCAGUUGAUAUGGAGCAGUUUCCAAAUCUGUUGAUUGAAAAAUGGCCACACAUAAAAUGUUCUGUGGAAGAAGGAGAAGUAAGAAAAUAUACAGGUAUCUUAGUCAUUUGUACAAAAAGAAACAUGGGAAGGAGAAAUCAAAGACGAAAGAGAUGGGUUGCAGGGUAGGGGUGACACCUGACUAUCGUGAAGUUUUUUUUAUAAGAAAACUUAUAAAAAGUUCUGACUUUGGGAACCACGUCACUGUAUUGCACAAACAGAAGUAAACAAGGACAGGGAAAUACAAUGGAAUAUACAAACAGAACAUAUUUCACAUGAGUUACACACCCACAAUGAAGGGGAGAAACACCCCCAGUGCAUUUUGACUGUGUGCCCUCAGGUAAAGACAAAAAAGAACUGUAAACACAUAGUAAACGCUAGUCAGUGGUUGUCCACUGGCACAGGUCAGCAAUGCCGAAGGCACUCUGCUCCAGACUGAGCAAACAAGUACGUUAUGGAUAAUGGAGCCAGGUUUCUCAGCAUAAGCAAGGAAAUUCCAAAUAUGAAAAAGGGAAAGAAUGAACCUUCUUUUGAAAUUCUGAGUGUCAGGGUGAACUCCAGGAGGUACUAGGGCUCCUUGGAGAAAUGACUGGUCUCAGGGCUGGGACUGAGGAAAUUACAGAGUAAGCCUGGAACGCCUUGCUGCGCUAGACUAAGCAAGUGCCUAACAAAAGACCAGAACGUGUCAGAAGGGCACAGGAGACAGGCGGGUCACAGCGUCUCCAGGAAGGGGACAGAGGGCACGCUGAAGAGCAUCACUUCUGUGAAGGUCCUGCUGAAAGUGCAAAGCUUGAAUGCCAUCAGGAAAUCCCACACUGAAGGACAGUCUUCAAAAUAACCAGCCUGUGCUUGUGUGAGGGUCACCUACCUUCGCGGGUUAAAGGCUGAAGACAAUGCAGUGAAUGGCAAACUGAACAAGGUCUGAUGUAGGUUUUUGGUACCGGAUUGAUGCUAACCCGACAUUAUGGCCGCAGUGCAGCCCUAUAAGGUAAUGUCCUUGUCUGGGAGGGAUACACAGAGAGCGCCAGACAGCUCCAUAAAGGAACUAUGUGGAAUGGGGCGAAAUGCAAACAUUUAGAGAAUCCAGGAGACGGGUACGUGGGAAUGUGUUUGCAACACUCCGGCAAAGCUACAUUUGUUAAAAUUAAAAGGUUGUAAGAAACGGCUGUUUCAUAACCUGCAGGGGUGGGUGGAGACUGCAUCGUCCACCUGCUAUCGAAACGUAGCUCUAGAGAUUUGUAGUUGGAGGCGUGUGCUCACGUGUGCCAGCACCGGCCCACCGACGGCAGACACCUUUCCUCCCACCCUUGUGCCUGUGCCCCCUGGGCUCUCUGGCUUUCUUAGCCUGGUUGCGGGUGAUGUCUACAGACACCUUCUUAAAGCACAUUCCUGACAUUUUCUUUGAGAGCCUGGUCAAAACUAUAGACUCCCAUCCCCAUGGGAAAAUGUAUUCACUCAGAGGUUUGAAUGUAAUUUGGGAGGGGUAUGUGGCUCUCCUGAAGUCCCCAGGGCAGUGGGAGGGGGUCUGAGUUGCAGUGAGGGCCCUUUCAAUGGUCUAACUUUCAAAGACAAAAGAGGCUUCCGGGAGCUGAACCUGUGGUCUGCGUGACCGGCUACCCUAUCAUCGCUUACUUUGGGUUAACAAGACAGUCUUUCCACCAGGAGGAUUCUGGAAAGAAGACAGCUUCUAUUUACUGAGCAUUCUUUGUUCAGGCUGGGCUCAGUGCUUCCUGGAAGCCAAACAACCCCUCAAAGGAUGUGUUUUAGUGCAUUGUACAGAGGAAUUGGAGGUUGGGAGUAGUCAGCACCCGCAGGCCCAGAUCUGACACCCACAUAUAUGGGGCUUCCCAAACCAGAUAUUUGACCCCUCUGGAUGGGGAAGGCUGUGGGCUUUCAUUAAACCUUCAGUUGCUUUGUGUGUCAGCGAACCCUGCCUUGUCCCCGAUUCACCACACACACCACAGUCUGGAGA